CUACGUAGAAGAAAAAUCAAAGUAUUAUUUAAAGCAUCGUCAUGUUCCUGUUCAUCACCAGUCUUUUCCAAGAUAAACUUGCCCCUCACUCCACUUUCAACAUCACACUACACGAAUUAUUGACAUCAUUGACCCCCGCCACAUCUACAAACCAUAUAAUCGUAUACAAUUACGCACACCACUAUAAAACAAGCACGUAUACAUACUCACCUAAUCACCCAUAACAACUACCAUCUCCACCACAAUUCACAAUGGCUAUUCUCCAUCUUGCCGCUACCGCACCCAUCAACCCGCCCGGUGCUACACCCGUCCUCAACAAGGAGCAGGUUUGGGCUGGACUUCAACGCAAGGUUCGCUUCGCGCACGAAUUCGUGCCUCCCAUCACAUCCUGCAUCGUCGAGAAGGAAGAAGGCAACGUCGUCACCCGCCGAGUCGUCUUUGAGGGCGUCCGCGAACUUAGUGAGACCUGCACGGAAUAUGCGCCCUGCCGGGUAGACUUCCGCCUCGAAGAUGGAAGCGAGGUUGCCAACAUUGUGGGCGACGGACCUAGUGGUGAUGAGCAUGAUUUGCACUUGACUUAUGCUUUCAAAUGGGUUAUGCCUGAUAUCGCGGAGGGCAGUGAGGAGGCUAAGCAGACGCUGGCCAAGCAGCAAGAGAUGGCCCGUGGCGCUAUUAGCUCGAGUCUAGCUACUAUCAGAAAAAUGUAUGCGGAAGGCAAGCUCUAGAUGAUGUCGCUGGUGGCCUGGGCAAAAAGGAUUGGGUUCGGCUGUGCUCGUCAAUCUAGUGUUUUAGAGUUAUAAUUCUUAUCAAUUGUUGAAAAGGAGACAUCAUUACAUGCAUGACUUGUUUUCUAUAAAAUAAUAAUAAAUUAAAUAAUACAAGAAAGCUACGAAGAAUAUCUACUCUACCAACGUCAU